UUUGACCUGGACAACAUUCAGAUCAAAUACAUUGAUGAGGAUAAUGAUGAGGUCUCUGUGAAUAGCAAAGAGGAAUAUGAAGAAGCUCUGAAGAUUGCAGUUAAACAAGGAAAUCAACUUCAGAUGAAUGUGUAUGAAGAAAACUCUUCUCUGAAAGAAACUUCAUAUUGUUCUUUGCAACUACAUGAAAAAACUGUGACAGAAAAGUUGGCACCUCUUACAGAUGAGAAGAAACCUCUUUCACACUAUUCCGUGCUAGCUCAGGGGUUAGAGGAAGACUUAAAAAAUGAAAAGGAGCUGACAGUUCAGCAAAAGUUAAAUCACCCUGGAACAGGAGGAACAAAUGAAAAUCCGCCAGAAUGGUUUACUAGCUAUCUGGAAACAUUCAGGGAACAAGUAGUUAAGGAAACUGUUGAGAAACUGGAACAGAAGCUAUACGAGAAGCUUGUUCAUCACAGUCAGCCUCCAGAUUUUUCUGAGAGCUCUCUUGCAGCAGCACCUCCAACUUCAGAAGGCCAGUUAGGGAAUGGCAACCAGUAUGACUGGCUGAUCUCCUGCUGCAACUGCCAGGCCCGAAUUGUUGGAGUUCGCUACCAGUGCAGCCUUUGUCCAGCCUACAAUAUCUGUGAACAGUGUGAAGCAGGAACAUUUGCACAUGACCCUAAUCAUGUCUUGUUAAAGCUGCGAAGACCUGUACUAUGUAUUGCUGAGAAUUACAGCCUUGCAGAGUUUUCACCUCGCCUGCCUGCUACUCUAGAGCAAGUUAGGCUCCAGAAACAGAUGGACAAAAGAUUUCUGAAAGCAGAAAAGCAAAGAUUACGAGCAGAGAAGAAACAGCGAAAGGCAGAGGUCCGAGAGCUCAAAAAGCAGCUAAAAUUACACAGGAAAAUUCAUCUGUGGAACUCUGUCCAUGUAUUGGAAACGAGUGGCUCAACUACUAUGAAAUCUGAGAGUCUCCAACCUAAUACCUUCCUGUAAGAGAUGUUGUUAGAUGAGCAUUUGUUAGUUUUGCUGUCUUUUUGGUGUUUUUCUGGUGAGAAUUUGCCAGAUGGGACUCACCUGCAACCAGGAACAAAGUUUGUCAAACACUGGCAAAUGAAAAAUACUGGCAAUGUGGAAUGGAGCUCAGACACAAAGCUGAAACUGAUGUGGGGAAACUUGACCUUGGCAUCUUCUGAAAAGAAAGAUGUGUUAGUGCCAUCCCUUCCACCGGGACAAGUAGGAACUGUUUCAGUUGAGUUUGUAGCUCCUAAUAUAGAAGGAACUUAUACCUCUCACUGGAGACUGUCACACAGAGGGGAACAGUUUGGGCCCAGGAUCUGGUGCAGUAUUGUUGUGGAUCCCUCCGCAGCUACUGACUAUCUAGAAAGCAGUUGGAAGGAUGCUAAGAAGGAUAAAGCUUCCAGCACCAAACAGGAUGCUUCCUUAAAGACAGAAGCAGGUGCUCAGCUGAUGAGUGAAAUCAUGGAGCAGGCUGAAAUACCUCUCCCAAGUAAUCCUUUAAAGAUGAAAAAUCUGCCAAGUGAGAGAGAAUUUUAUAUCCCAUCUGUUGAUCUCCUCACUGCACAGGAUUUGCUGUCCUUUGAGCUGUUGGACAUUAAUAUUGUGCGGGAAUUGGAGCGAGUGCCACACAAUACUCCUGUUGUCAUGACUCCAUGCAUAUCCCCUUUGCCACAUGAUAUCCCCUUCCUGGAGAAACCUGGCUUAGGUCAAAUAGAGGAGGAGAAUGAGGGGAGUGGAUUUAAACCAGUGCCUGGAAUGACGGAAGCCUGCUUUCCUGCAGACACUUGCAUAGCGAAAGUGAAAGCUGAACAUACAUUGAACCAGGAUGAAGGGGAAGAAGAUAUGAGUGGGACUCAGUUUGUCUGUGAAACUGUAAUUCGCUCUCUAACCCUGGAUGCUGCACCUGACCAUAAGCCCCCACAAAAAAAGAAAAUCCUCCAGAACUCCUUACAAACAUUGCAUGACACCUUCAGUUGCGAUGUGAUAAAUGAAGAAUCUCCUAGAAUAAAUACUAAUUCCACUUCCAAAAAGGAAGCAAAGAUUCAUCAGUCAAAGGCAAUGACAGAAAACGACUGUGGGGACCUUCCACUGUCUGAUGAGAGGGCAAGCCCCUGUAGUGAUGCCGGUAAUUCUGAUGAAGAGGAAGACGAUGAUAAAGAUGAUGUUCAAAGUCAAGGCUCCUCUGCUUCAUCAGAGGAUUAUAUCAUUAUUCUCCCUGAAUGCUUUGACACCAGUCGUCCUUUAGGGGAGUCGAUGUAUAGUUCGGCUCUUUCUCAGCCCAGUUUGGAAAAGACAGGAGAACCUGAAACAGAAGCAGAGAAUGCAGGAGGGGGAAGCCAGCCACAGAUCCACAGCAUCAGUGAUAUUUUGACUACUUCACAAACACUGGCUGUAGUACCACUAACCCCAGAGAUUGCAGACACCUUACCCCAGACACAAAGGGAUCUUGCAUCUCUUCAGAAUCCUAUCUCCCAAGAACCAAACGUACUGGCUUCAGAGAGUAUCUCUGCCACUCCUCAUAAUCAAAUAAGAGAAGAAGCCAGAGGUGAAGAUAGUCAUGGACCAGGAUCUUCUGGAUUUCUAACUAGCAAACAAAAGUGCUCGGAAUACCCAAGAUACCCUCAAGGAAGCAGCAUUGCAGGAGAACUAGUUAAAGGGGCUUUGUCAGUUGCUGCUUCUGCCUACAAAGCAUUAUUUGCCGGACCACCCAUUGUAGAACAGCAGCCUGCAGCUACAGAAGAGCACACUGCCACUCUUCUAUCCAGUCUGUGUGAGAUGGGAUUCUGUGACAGGCAGUUAAACCUGCGACUGCUGAAGAAACACAACAAUAAUAUGGUUCAAGUGGUAACUGAAUUGCUUCAGAUCAGUAAUAGCGACUGGUACAGCAGUAGUUGCUGA